CUCGCUCGUUAGAUAGAUCCCUUCCCUCUCUUCUUCUUCCUCUUCACUCCCUCAUUAUAUUCCAUUCAUCUCUCUACACAUCUCCAGCUCUUCUUCAAGUUUAGCUUAAUCUUCAUCGAUACUAAUAAUUAACCAAAAAUGGCUACAUAUAAGCCGAAGAACAUCCUCAUCACCGGAGCGGCGGGCUUCAUCGCCUCCCACGUGGCCAACCGCCUAAUCCGCACCUACCCUGACUACAAAAUCGUCGUCCUCGACAAACUCGACUACUGCUCCAACCUCAAAAACCUAAACCCUUCCAAAUCCUCCCCAAACUUCAAAUUCGUCAAGGGAGACAUCGCCAGCGCCGACCUCGUCAACUACCUCCUCAUCACCGAAAACAUCGACACCAUCAUGCACUUCGCCGCCCAGACUCACGUCGACAACUCCUUCGGCAACUCCUUCGAGUUCACCAAGAACAACAUCUACGGCACUCACGUCCUCCUCGAGGCCUGUAAAGUCACUGGCCAGAUCAGAAGGUUCAUCCACGUGAGUACCGAUGAGGUUUACGGAGAGACUGAUGAGGACGCUUCCGUUGGGAAUCACGAAGCUUCUCAGCUGCUUCCUACUAAUCCUUAUUCCGCUACUAAGGCUGGCGCUGAGAUGCUUGUGAUGGCCUAUGGGAGAUCUUAUGGAUUGCCUGUUAUAACUACGCGUGGGAAUAAUGUUUAUGGACCGAAUCAGUUUCCUGAGAAGUUGAUUCCUAAGUUUAUACUGUUGGCUAUGAGUGGGAAGCCGCUUCCGAUACACGGAGAUGGGUCUAAUGUUAGGAGUUAUCUUUAUUGUGAAGAUGUUGCUGAGGCUUUUGAGGUUGUUUUGCAUAAAGGGGAGGUUAACCAUGUUUAUAAUAUUGGGACGACGAAGGAGAGGAGAGUGAUUGAUGUGGCUAAUGAUAUUUCGAAGCUAUUUGGGAUUAACCCUGACUCUACGAUUCAGUUUGUUGAGAACCGGCCGUUUAAUGACCAGAGGUAUUUUUUGGAUGACCAGAAGUUGAAGAAAUUGGGGUGGGAGGAGCGUACCACUUGGGAGGAAGGGUUGAGGAAGACUAUGGAGUGGUACACUGCGAAUCCUGAGUGGUGGGGUGAUGUUUCUGGAGCUUUGUUGCCUCAUCCAAGGAUGUUGAUGAUGCCUGGUGAUAGACUUUGUGAUAGUGGUGAUGAGCGUAAAGAUGCUGAUGGUAAUCAGACGUUCACGGUGGUUACUCCGACCAAGACUGGUGGCUCUGGAGAUAAUAAAGCGUCGUUGAAGUUUCUUAUCUAUGGGAAGACUGGGUGGCUUGGUGGUCUUUUAGGAAAAUUGUGUGAGAAGCAAGGGAUUGUGUAUGAGUAUGGGAAAGGGAGGUUAGAGGAUAGAGCUUCUCUUGUGGCGGAUAUUCGCAGAGUUAAACCGACUCAUGUCUUUAAUGCAGCUGGUUUAACGGGGAGACCUAAUGUUGACUGGUGUGAGUCUCACAAGACAGAGACUAUACGAGUUAACGUUGCUGGUACUUUGACUCUGGCAGAUGUUUGCAGAGAGAAUGGUCUGUUGAUGAUGAACUUUGCCACUGGUUGUAUAUUUGAGUAUGACGCUGCACAUCCAGAAGGUUCAGGGAUUGGGUUUAAGGAAGAAGACAAACCGAAUUUCACUGGUUCUUUCUACUCAAAAACAAAGGCAAUGGUGGAAGAGCUUCUAAGAGAAUUUGACAACGUAUGCACCUUGAGAGUGCGUAUGCCAAUCUCAUCCGACUUGAACAACCCACGAAACUUCAUCACCAAGAUCUCUCGUUACAACAAAGUGGUGAACAUCCCAAACAGCAUGACCAUACUAGACGAACUCUUACCAAUCUCCAUCGAGAUGGCGAAGAGGAACCUGAAGGGAAUAUGGAACUUCACCAAUCCAGGAGUGGUGAGCCACAACGAGAUACUAGAGAUGUACAAGAGCUACAUCGAGCCGGGUUUCAAGUGGUCCAACUUCACUUUGGAAGAACAGGCUAAGGUCAUUGUGGCACCACGGAGCAACAACGAGAUGUGUGGUGCCAAGCUCAGCAAGGAGUUUCCAGAGUUGCUUUCCAUCAAAGAUUCGUUGAUCAAAUACGUCUUCGAACCAAACAAGAGAACGUAAAAAGUCUCGGUAACACUACACUUUCCUCUUUCUCUCUGUUCAUUGUUAUAUUAUCUUGCAGGUAGUUUCACUGUAUUGAUUCUACUAUAAUUUGAUUUGAUUUAUCAUGUAAUUCUUUACUUUUUUUUGGUACUCUACGAAACACAUGUUUGUUUACAUUAAUAUUAUUACAGAGUUAUUUUUACUAUCA